AUGGACACAUCCGUAGGAGAGCAUCCUCGCACUCCUUCGGAACUCGAAGAAGUUAAGGAAGAGUUUAUUGCGAAGAACUUCUCGAAACGCGCAAUGUUCUGGGAGGAUCUUGCUCUUUUCGUUAAAGCCGAGCUGGAUAAACAUUUAAAGCAGCAGGAUCCAGUCGUGCAUUCGACAUCCACAUACCGAGUUAAAACGAAGGAGUCGUUGAGGGGUAAGGUAGAGCGACUGCAGAAGCAAGGGAAGUGUCAAGAUCUUGCAUCAUUCGAGAACGUCCGAUGGGAUACCGCGGGUGUGCGCGUGUGCCUCUAUUUUCCAUGUCAGAAGAGCCAAGUGAAGACCUUCAUCGAGUCGCACGAACUCUUCGAGGUUGUUCCGGCCAGCUCGGAACAACCUGCAAGGGUGUUUAGCGAGCGUGGAUAUCGAACGAAGAAUCCUGAGACUCGUCCGUAUGAGGAACGUAUGGGCUAUUACGAGGCGGACCAUUAUUCCGUCCGUCUACGAAGAGACCCCUUUGAGGGAGCCAGAGUAAAAGGUUAUUACAACGAACAAGUUGAGAUCCAAGUUCGUACUGUGCUGAUGGACGCUUGGGCUGAGAUACGACACGAUCUGGACUACAAACACAUCCUGGGAUCUGCAACGGGUGAAGAACUGCGAGUGCUCGAUGCAAUCAAGGGCAGCAUCAUGUCGUGCGAAAUUCUGCAAGACCAUCUCUUCAUACUGCGGAAGCAACACGUCGAGAGCGAUGCCGAGAGAUGGACACGAGAGAGUUCGAAACGCACCCGUAUCUCAAUUCUCAACACCAUGUCAUUCGAGCCUGGCAUGAGAUUUCUCUUGGAUAGGUUUGGCAGCGAGCCCAGCGAGGGAGCUCUUUUCCGCUAUACGAAGGAACUUUUCGAAAGAUGCGACAUCCAUUCGCUGUUAGAGUUCAGACAGACCAUGGCAAGAUUGAUCAGAAUUGAUGAGCAACCAGAGAAGGCAACCAAGGCGCAAUGGGCUCUGUCAUCCAUGUAUAGCUCUUCUCGAUACAGAGGCACUCAAAAGAAGGAUGCGCUGGAGGACGAUACUUUGACGUUGUUCCAGUUUGUGAGUAUCCUGUUGCUGUACGCUAUGGAUGUUGAAGAUAUCGAGCGAAGAUUAUGGGCGCCUAAAUACGACAGCGUUGACGAUGAUGAGGAGGACGAAGAAGAUGAAUGGACACAAGCGAUACUGAUGAAGAUGAUUCGGAUGAGACUGGGGAUGAUACUGGCGAUACCGCCAGUGAUUUGA